GUUGCUUUUGCCUACACUCGUAGUAAUCGAAAAGGAAUUCUUAUACUAGGUUGGAUCACAUUGGACCACCGCUGUAUCACAAAUUCAGCCAGUGUAGAAAGUUCUACCAAAGGCUUUAUUAUGGCGGAAUCUUUAGAGCAGAUGACAAAAUCCGACACUAUAAGACUUCGCGAUCGAUAUAUCGGACAAUCGUGCAAGUUAUUUUACAAGUCGAAUCCAUUAAAAAUUGUGAGGGCUGAAGGACAAUACAUGUAUGAUGAAAAGAAUAAUCAAUAUUUGGACUGCAUAAAUAACGUUGCGCAUGUUGGCCAUUGCCAUCCGGAUGUCGUGCGAGCCGGACAGGAACAGAUGGCUUUGUUAUCCACGAACAAUCGUUUCCUUCAUGAUAAUUUGGUACUAUGCGCAAGUCGACUGGCGUCACUUCUGCCGGAACCGCUGUCCGUUUGCUUCCUGGUGAACUCCGGGAGCGAAGCUAACGAUCUUGCUCUUCGUCUCGCUCAGACUCACACGAAGAACAAGGAUGUUAUUACAUUGGACCAUGCUUAUCACGGACAUUUGACCACGAUAAUAGAUAUCUCGCCAUACAAAUUCAAUAAACCUAAUGGUACCGGCAAGAAGGAUUGGGUGCAUGUGGCUCCUUGCCCGGAUGUGUACCGUGGAAAAUAUCGCGCCAUCGAUUACAUCGACGAGGAUCUUGGUGUUAAAUACGCUGAGGAUGUAAAGCAAAUCUGCAAAGACAUCAAGGCUCAAGGACGUGGAGUUUGCGCUUACAUCGCGGAAAGUCUCAUGUCAGUCGGUGGACAAAUUCUGCCGCCACCGAAUUAUUUCCAGAAUGUAUACAGGCACGUACGCGAAGCAGGAGGAAUCUGUAUUGCGGAUGAAGUUCAAGUCGGUUUUGGAAGAGUCGGCACUCACAUGUGGGCCUUUCAAUUGUACGGCGAAGACAUUGUCCCGGACAUAGUUACGCUAGGCAAGCCCAUGGGCAACGGUCAUCCUGUUGCAGCUGUCGUUACGACGCCAGAAAUCGCGCGUAGUUUUUAUAAUACGGGCAUCGAAUACUUCAAUACGUAUGGAGGUAAUCCUGUAUCCUGCGCAAUAACGAAUGCGGUAAUGGAGGUUAUAGAACGUGAGGGUCUUCAGGAGAAUGCUUUGAAGGUCGGUAAUCAUCUGCUCGCAGAAUUGAAGAAAUUGGCGAAGCGACGGAAGAUUAUAGGUGAUGUGCGCGGCGUUGGACUGUUCGUCGGCAUCGAAUUAGUACGCGACAGAAUUAAAAGGAUACCAGCGACGGCAGAGGCAAAGCAUGUGGUAUCCAGGAUGAAAGAGAAGAAGAUUCUUAUCAGCAGUGACGGGCCUGACGAUAACGUUCUGAAAUUGAAGCCGCCAAUGGUCUUUACACUCGAGAAUGUUAAUCAUUUCGUAUCCGUUCUCGAUAAAGUACUCGAAGAAGUUGAUAUCGACUUUGACGAGGAAUCGGAACCUACUACAACUAUUAUCAAAGCAACAAUCUCGUCUAUAGGAGUCGAUAGAAGUACCGCGGUGAAUAGCAAUGGAAAUUCAUUAUUUGUUCGCGCUAAUUAAUAAUGUAUAUUAUACAAAUAUUGCAAAUAUUGAA